CGUCUCCUGUCAUCGUAAAAAAGACGGAGGGAUCCGUAGAAAACGCUUGCUUUUCAGGCUUAAAGAUUUUUAUUUUUGUAAUUUGUUAUUGUUAAAUAAGAAAGUUGUAUGAUCCUGCGAAAUGUCUACAUUUACCCAGUUUACUCGUCUGAGUAACUACCUAAUAAAUGGCUAUAAAACUGUCUUACAUGGAAGGACAAGUGUAAUAAUUACACCACAAAUAUGUAAUUAUGCUAAAUCAGCUGAGGAAAGGCUUGGUAUUGAAAAACCAAAAAGACCAUUGACCCCAUUCUUCAAGUUCAUGGCACAAAUGAGGCCAGCUCUGCUUGCCAAGAAUCCUGGUAUCACAUCCAAAGAGGCAAUAGUGUGGAGCUCCAAACAUUGGCAAGAAUUGGAUGCAGGGACCAAGGCACAAAUGGCCAAAGAAUAUGAAAAAGACCUUGAAGAUUACAGGAAGAUUAAAGAAAUAUAUGAGUCAUCUUUGACUGAAGAGCAGAAAGAAGAAAUUAGUAGGCUCAAAGAAGAGAUGGCGGCUGCCAAAGAGAAAAGGAAAUUGAAAGCUGAAUAUAAAGAAUUAGGGCGUCCAAAAAAGCCAAUGUCGUCAUAUUUUCUUUACAUUAAAUCUAGAAAUGAUAUCUUCCAAGGAAAGCAGCUCAAAGAAUAUCAGAAGAAGAUCAGAGAAGACUGGCUGAAGCUGCCAGAGAGUGAGAAACUAAAGUAUGAGAAACAGGCUCAGCAGCUAAUGGAGAAAUAUAGGAAAGAUAUUGAAGCAUGGGAACUUAAAAUGAUUUCAAUAGGACGAACAGAUCUAGUCAAAACAAAAUCUGUAAAAGUGAAGAAGACGGCAAGUUCGAAGAAAAAAGAAUAGGAACUCGGGUGCUCUGGCGAUUCCAUUGACUCGUACAACUCACACAAUAACCUCCAAGAUAAUGUACAAAGUAUUGAUAAGAAAACCAAACCUCAAGUAGACGUACCUCAAAUCAAAGAAUAUGUUCCUAAACCUUCUCAACAACCAGACAAAUUGGACACUUCAGCAGAUAAUGAGUCAACACGUCAGAGCACGGGUGCCGAAGCUCUAUCUAAAUUGACUGAGCACAAACAAACUAAAACCUCAACCUCAAGUGAUGAAAAACAGAGUAAGACGAUCAUGAGUAGUAUUAAAGAUUUCUUUAAGUUUUAGAUAUAGUUUACAUAGUGUUACUUGACAACAUCUUAUGUUAACGCAUUUAUUGACACCUCACGCUUGCCAGUGGGGCAAAUGUACAAAUGAAGUGUAAUGAUGUUAUCCUAU